AAACGAUAAAUAAUAAAAAAUCAAAAUUAAAUAAAAAUAAAUAAGAAUUAAUUUCACGACCUUUGGGAGUGGUGGGAGACUGUUUGGGUAUAUAUAUGGGAGCUCCUAGCCAUAAGAGCUAUCAUUGUGUUGCUGACCUAGUUGGAGACAAGUUGCUGUUUUUAGUGUGUGUGUGUGUGUGCUACAGUGCAGUUAAAGUAAGUACAAUCUAUAUUGUUUAUUAUUAUUAUUUUAAAAGACCCAUUUUGAUGAAAAUACUUUAUGUGGGGAUGUCUCCUCACACACAUCAUUCAGUUUGAGAGAAUUUUAAAAGACCCAUUUUGAUGAAUUCUAUAUUGUUUAUUAUUAUUUCAAAAGAUCCAUAUUGAUAAAUACUUUGUGUGUGACUUUAAGAUGUCUUCUCACACACACAUCAUGAUGAUCAUUCAGUUUGAGAUAGAGAAUUUUGAAAGACCCAUUUUGAUGAAUACUUUGUGUGGGGACUUUAAGAUGUCUCCUCACACACAUCAUGAUGAUCAUUCAGUUUGCAUACUAUUCAUUUUUUUCUUAAAACUAUUCUUGUUGAAUGGGCAUUGUAAAAUCCAACCCUCCCAUACUAGAUAGAUAACCACCCAUACAAUAUUAGAGAACCACCCAUACUAACGGCAUGUAUGUUGUUUUCAGGCAAUAUGGAUCGCAAUGCAUCGACUUCCUACCCUUCUCCUCCUCCACCUCGCCCUGAUAGCCCACCUCCACCAUACAGCGAAUUGACCCCAGUUACCCAUCGAUCAGUCACCCCCUCAUCCCCUCUCUACCACCAGUUCCCUCCACAGUACAGUUUCCAACCACCCCGUCCAUUAUCUCCACAAGAUACACCAACCUCAAGGUCACCAUCAAUUUUCGAGCCAUCCCGACCCAGUACACCACCCUCCCCAUCAAUGAUACCAUCCUCUAGACCAAGAAGCCGAAUGUCCUGCAUCAGCGACCUUACUCCAUCAUCCUCAUCAUCAUCCUUAAAUAUGGUUCCUCCAACACCACCACUAAUGAUGGAUGUUAGAUGUGUAUCGCAAGCACAGAGGCGUGCACUGAUCUGGCUGAAAGCGAACCUCAACCUUGUACCCAACUAUUUCCAACGCUUGCUGGACGAUAGUGAUAGCGACGAAGAAGAUCCUACAGAUCAUAGAAAUCGCUAUAUCGCCAUCUGUCCUGUCUGUUGUGUUGCAGAUCAAUGCAACUUGUUAUUGCCAUGCAUGCACCUUGCAUGCAAAAAUUGUACCACUGGUGCCUCACCCAAAUGUCCUUGCUGUACAAUACGUUUUUCGGGAUGGCUCGAAGUCAAUUGAACUAUCCACCCUUAAUUAAACUAUCCUUAAGCAUACCCUUCAGUACAGCUGCACCCAUCACGUCAGAAUAAAUAAGGUUAGACAUUGAAAAAUUAAGUUUUAAUGCUUCGUCAAAUAACACUGCAUGAACAAUGCUUCCAACCCUCUUUCUAUGCAUGAUGGAUACAAAAAAUAUAAUAUAAUAAUACUGCUUAUUAUAUAUAUUGCAAACAUGUACUCCUACAACUAUGGAUGUCACUAAUAUAGGUCAAACUAUUACCAGUAGAAAUAUAAUGAGCAACUGCAUUGUUCCAGAUGAACAAAGCUGCACGAUGUCGACAAACAGCAAACUCGGAGGACGAGUUUGUUGUUCUGGAAGAGGCAUUUAAAUCUCGGCUCAAGACUCUAUACUACAAUAAUGCAUGCAAGGAUGAACCUGCCAAAGAUUUCCACACUUUUCUGAGCGGUCUGAAGGAUAAAAUUGUUCACAUCAUCAGUCGGCAACACCAGACACAUGGAGCAAUGAAGUUCAAUCUAGUAUUGGAGGCAACAUAUUUCCGCAGCACCCUUGAUAAGAACAUCCUCGAACAAGAAGAGUUUCAGAAUGUCGCCUUCAAAACUCCAAACUACACCAUUUUCAGUAUCAUCAAUCUUCCAGACAUCAUCAACCAAGCAUGCAUAACCCUACUGGAUGAGGAGUCGAAAUUCGAAGGAAAUUCCAGUGGAUGGAGUUUGCUUAUCAUCGAUGGAUUGCUCAUCAGGAUUAGCAGACAUAUUCCCCUACGUGGAUCAUCCUACAUCAGUCUUUCACCUCUUCUAUCAGCGCGAAAGGCAAUCAUCAAUCCUAUAAACAUGGACCAGCAAUGUUUCAAAUGGGCUAUCCUCGCCAAACAUGUACAAGGCAGUCAUCCUGAACGAGUCAAUGAUCGAUACCAUCAAUUGGAGGAGAGAUACAACUUUUCAGGCAUUGGAUUUCCCACUACCAUCAGUCAAAUCGAUAGAUUUGAGAAAGAUAAUCCGGGGGUAUCAGUUAAUAUUUAUGGUGUGGAUGAGAAGAACGUUAUAUUUCCGAGAAGAGUUGGAAAUGUAAUGAAGGCAGAUCACUUUGAUCUUCUCCUCCUCUGUGAAAGUAAUGAUGAUGAUGAUGAUGAUGAUGAUGAUGAAAACAACACCCUUGAGGAUGACAAUGAACAUAAAUCAAAUAGCCACUACUGCUACUGA